CCCCCCGCAGGCGUCUUCGCCCUGCUCCUGUUCGUCGCCGGCUACGCGGGGCUGAGCUCGCUGCAGGUCGACGCCGUGGUCAACGACAAGGUGCUGCACGUCGUCACCUUCUUCGCCCUGACCGUUGUCUUCUACUGGGUCGUCGACACGAGCCGCCGGCGCACCCUGCACGCCACCCUGAUCAUCUGCACCUUGGCCCUCGGCGUCGGCUCCGAGUUCUUGCAGGCCCUGCUGCCGAACGGCCGCGACUUUGACCUGCUCGAUGUGGUCGCCAACAUGGUCGGCUCGCUGGCCGGGCUGGGGCUCUGCUCGUGGUACCACAAGCGCAUGCUCGAGCGCAAGCGCAAGCGCAAGUACACCGCCGUGCCGACGGCUGCCGGCGAUGGGGAUGCCGGGGAUGGUGAUCUCGAGCUGGGCGAGGGCCCCGGGGUUAGCAGCGGAGGCAGCGGCAUGGGGGACCAUGAAGAGGGCGUGACGGAAGCCGGCCGCCCGCGAGCCACAACACUGGAGGAGGAGGUGGAUAACUGGGACGAGAAUGCUGCCGACGACGCAUGGGAUGAGGACGAGUUGGGAGAUGUAGGCGUCUCCGUGCCCGCGGCGAGCAAGGACGCCGAUGCGAACGGCGAGUCCGGCAAGAAGCGCUCAGAUCUAUGA